AUGGUUAAGCGCUGUAACUAUCCGUCUGCUGCUGUUGAGGAAAGGCUCGUAUACGACCGGUUCGUCGUCGGCCUCCGCGACUCUCGUCUCUCGGACCAGCUGUGCCGGAACGCGAAGUUGACGCUACAGGACGCCUGGACACAAGCCCGUCAAUCCGAAGACGCCGACAGGGAAAAGGCGUUGCCCCGGAACCACACCGAGCACUCCCGCGAGCUCAACCUCGACGCCGCAAAAGCUAACAAGUUCCCCUCUCGCCGCCGCUCCACCGCUAAGCCUCGUUCGCCGCAGUCGCUAGCAGAGCGCUCACGCGAGCCGUCCACAUGUGAAUUCUGCGGCCGCGCGCCUCAUCGGCGUUCAGACUGCCCGGCCCGUCGCUCCACCUGCAACUUCUGCAAAAAGAAAGGCCACUUUGCCGAAGUAUACCGCUCGCGGAAGUUCAAGCAGUACAAGCUCAGCUCCGUUCACCUGCACGCCGUCGCGACGCCCGCCUCGGCAAAGUUCGUCGACGUCACCGUUGACGACUACACAGCGCAGUUCAAAGUCGACUCCGGAGCCGACGUAUCUGCUGUUCCCAGCGACUUUCCUACCUUGCCUGCCAAACUCGACCAAGUCGACACGCUGCUGCGCGUGCUGGGCUCGUAUGUGGCACGACUUCAGUGGCAAGGGAAAGCAAGCUGUCAGCGUCUCUACGUGAUCCAGUCUCUCACUGUGCCUCUUCUGGGACUGCCAGCGCUCCAAGCCCUCCAAGUAGUUCGGUUUCUUGAACAACUCAAGACUUCAAAAGCAACGCUGCACGCCGAGCUCUUCAAUGGUUUCGGCACCCUCAAGGACGAAUACAACAUCCGGUUGGAACCCGAUGCCGUACCAUUCUCGCUAAGCGUACCUCGCAGGGUCCCCAUCCCGCUGCUCGAGAUUGUCCGCCGCGAGCUGGACAAAUUGGAAAGCGCAGGCGUGAUCCGUAGGGUCGACAAGCCAACACCAUGGUGCUCGGGUCUCGUCGUCGUCCGGAAAGGCGAUGGUUCCUACCGCCUCUGCGUCGACUUAACACAACUCAACAAGGUCGUCCUUCGUGAAAGACACCUUCUGCCAACUGUCGAGCAAGUCCUUCGCCUCCUCGGCGAUGCAACAGUUUUUUCGAAACUGGACGCGACCGCAAGCUUCCACCAGGUGAAGCUCUCAGAAGACUCCCAAGAGCUUACGACAUUCAUCACCCCAUAUGGCCGAUACUGCUUCUGCCGGCUCCCCUUUGGCCUCACCUCCGCACCAGAGUACUUCCAAAAGCAGAUGGCAAGAAUCCUGGAAGGCCAAGAAGGAGUCGCCAAUAUGAUAGAUGAUAUUUUGGUUUUUGGCCGCACCCGCCAGGAACAUGACGCCAGACUGAGCCAGGUGCUACCUCGCCUUGCAAAAGCAGGUAUCACAUUUGACCAGGACAAGUGUCGUUUUGUGGUACCCGAGGUCUCCUUCCUCGCAGUUGUCGUCUCAGCACAGGGCAUCAGGCCAGAUCCGGGCAAGGCCGAAGCAGUCAAAGCCAUGGAAGCCCCAACGGACGUCGCUGGCGUUCGAAGGCUGCUCGGAAUGGUGAACCAUCUUGCCAGGUUCUUGCCACACAUCUCGGACGUCACAGCUCCCAUCAGAGCCUUACUGAACAAGUCUGCAAGUUUGGUGUGGCAGCACGACCAAAAGGCAGCAUUCGAGAAAAUCAAGGAACUCUUGACGUCAGACAGGUGCAUGGCCAAGUACCACCCGUCGUACGCCACUACGGUGGCUGCAGACGCAUGCUCAUUCGGACUCGGCGCAGUUUUGCUACAGACGCAACCCUCAGGAGAGCGCCGCCCAGUCGCAUUCGCUUCGAGGUCAAUGACCGAUACCGAGCAGCGUUACAGCCAGACUGAAAAAGAAGCUUUGGCAACGACGUGGGAUAUCCAAAGGUUCGUCGAGUUCGUCCGUGGCAUCCCCUUCGACGUCGAGACUGACCACCUACCACUCGUUUCGCUUCUGGGCAAGAUGGAACUGGACGUGUUGCCGCCUCGUAUUCAGAGGCUACGGCUGAAGACCAUGCGAUACCAGUUCCGUAUGCUGCACGUGCCAGGAAAGCUGCUAGCCACAGCUGAUACGUUGUCACGCAUCACCUACAAGCCACCCACUCCUCUAGACACUAUCGAACUUUUUGCAGCACAGGUAGUCGGCUGCAUGUCGGAAGUCUUGCCACUCAGCCCUAAAGACGUGCGACAGGCACAAGAGUCCGAUGGAGAGUGCAAAGCCCUCGCUUCCUACUGCCAGAAUGGUUGGCCUAAAAAGGCCACGAUACCACUGCACCUCACAAAGUACGCCUCGAUGGCAGACGAGCUUUCUGUCUGCGACGGUGUUCUGUUGAAAGGCGCCCGCUUAGUCAUCCCAUUGUCCCUUCGGCCAGCGGUCUUGACGCUGUUGCAUGAAGGUCAUCAGGGCAUCAACAGGACCAAAGCCCUAGCUCGGGAGUCACCCUACCUGGACAUCCCUGGAAAUCCCUGGAAAUUCCUUCGAAUGGACGUGUUCCACCUCAACGGCGAGACGUUCAUCCUGGUGGUGGACUAUUACUCAAGGUUCCCUGAGGUGGUGACCCUGAGGAGCACGAGAGCUCAGGCAGUCAUCGACGCUCUCAAAUCCAUCUUUGCCCGCCAUGGAAUCCCGCAAGAAGUCAGGUCAGACAACGGCCCACCAUUCUCGUCGCAAGAGUUCGCGGCGUUUGCAGCGUCAUACGACUUUAACCACAGGACCAGCAGUCCACACUACGCUCAAUCGAAUGGAGAGGCGGAGAGGAUGGUGCGUACUAUCAAGGACCUGUUUCGCAAGUCAAAGGAUCCUUAUCUGGCUCUGCUCAGCUAUAGGGAUACUCCAGGAGACAACGGCUUUAGUCCAGCCCAGCUGUUGAUGGGACGUCAACUCAGAACCAGAAUCCCAAAGCAAGGUUCCCAGCUAGGUCCCAACUGGCCCCCAAUGAAAGAAGUCGUCGCCAAAGAUGCGACUUACAAGCAGAAGCAGGCCGACAACUACAACAGGCAUCAUGGAGCUCGAGACUUGCCGUCACUCCAAACAGGUCAGCGUGUCUGGGUGCGACCUGAUUAA